AUGAGUGAAGUUGAAGAAACACUAUAAAGAAUAAAUACACAUAAAUCAGUUUAAGGAAUAGUUAUUGUUAAUAGUGAAGGAAGCAUAAUUAGAAGCACUUAUUAAGGUGAUUAAAAGGCUUUAGGAGAAAAAAUUGCAAUUAAUAUUCCAUAAUUAGCUGCAAAAGCACGUUCAACUGUUCGUGAUUUGGAUGAAAAUAAUGAUCUUGUAUUUCUAAGAAUAAAAUCAAAAAAUAACGAAAUUAUGGUCGCACCUGAUAAAGAUUUCAUUUUGAUUGUUGUUUAGGCAAAAAACGACUAAAAAGACUAGCCAUGAAAAUA